AUGGGCCAUAGAUCGAGCUCGAAAUCUAUAGAACAUAAAGAUUCUUAUAAAAAGUCAACCCAAAAUUUUUCAACAACUAAUAAAUAUAUUAAUAAAGAUAAAUAUACUAGUAGAAAUAGAGAUAAAUACAAUCAUAGAAGUAGGAGCAGAAGUAGGGAUAAAAGGAGUAGAAUUGUAGAUAGAGAAUAUAGACAUAAUAAACACAAACAUAGUAGAAGGGAUAAAUAUAACCAUAAAAGUAGGUAUAGAAGCGAAAGCAGGUCUGAAUCUUACCAUUCAGAUAAUUCCAAAUUAAAAAAUAUAUCAACCGUUGAACCAGUUGUAAAUAGUGACCUAAGAGAAGAAUUUGAGAAAUCAGCCUUUGAUAGGGCUUACGGCCUAGAUAUAUCGGGUUUUGUCGGUAUUUCUUCAGAAAUUUUGGGUGCAACAUCAGUUUCAGAGGAAACUAGAUUAACAAGGACUGAACGGCGUAAACACCGCGAACACGAAUUAAAGCACCACCAGGAACGAUUCUGGAAGUGUAAAAGGUGCGAAUUUAUGAAUUAUCUGUCAAACUACGAAUGCAAACGUUGUAAAGCACUGAGAGCCUCAGCUUCACAACACUAG